GGUGGCGCUCGUCAAGCUAAGAAGCUAGGUCGUUAGCAUUCACUUCACUGCAUUUCAGAGUUGUAGACAACACUAUCCAGCAACACGAGAGUCUCCAACCCUUUCAUCUCUGUGUGUAUAGCUGAAAGGACGAAGUGAAAAUGGCGGCGGUUCGUUUGCUUGUAUGUUUGUGGUCGUUUUGACCCGAUCAACACUAGUGCUAACGUUAGCUUGUGAGCAGUCCUGGUUGUUUUUAUUUUCUUUUUAGCCUCACCACUGCACGGACUUCCUCUGUACAUUCAUCCGAUUUAAGGAGUAUCUGACACUUACAAGAUGUUCCUGGUGGGGCUGACUGGAGGUAUUGCCUCAGGGAAAAGCUCAGUGUCUUCAAUGCUGCGGGAGCUUGGCUGCCCCAUUAUUGAUGCUGAUGUUGUGGCCAGAAAAGUCGUGGAGCCGCACACUCCUGCCUAUUCCCGCAUCGUCUACCAUUUUGGGCCGGAGAUCCUGCUUGAGAACGGGGAGAUUGACAGACAGAAGCUCGGCCAGCUCAUCUUCACCAACGAAGAAAAGAGGAAGCUGCUGAACUCCAUCACCCACCCGGAGAUCCAUAAAGCAAUGCUGAAAGAGAUCUUAUUCUACUUUCUCAGAGGGUACCGCUAUGUUGUGCUCGAUGUCCCUCUUCUUUUUGAAACCAGACGGCUCACUCAGUUUCUGAACCACACCGUCGUAGUUUACUGUGACCCUGCCACUCAGCUAUUGCGCCUGAUGCAGAGGGAUGGCCUGACCCAGGAGCAGGCUGAGCAGCGCGUGGCUGCACAGAUGCCGCUCAAUGAAAAGCGCGGCUUGGCCAAUCAUGUUAUUGAGAACUCUGGCAGCCGGGAGGACACCCACCGCCAGGUCCUGCGGCUGCACACAAAGCUGGAGGAUUCCAUGGACUUCCUCUUAGUGAGGGUCAUUGCUAUUGCUACCACUGCUGGUCUGGGUGGGAUACUGCUGUACGCAGCCAAGAUGCUUUUGUCCUAACAGAGGACAGACGAGGGAGAGAAGAAAUUGGUCCAGGAUGUGGUCAAAGAUGAGGGCAUGAAUAGAAAGAGGAGAAGGCAGGUCGGAGGUACCGAUGCAAUUUACUGUGAGAUUAGUUUCACAGCACCCGCCACUACAGCUCAGUGGUGUAAGGUGCUCUGUUGGUUAACACAGACUUACAUUAUUGACAUCACUUGCACUGACAAAUGUGGUUUAGUGUGAAGGAUUUUUAGGUGCAAUUUCUGUUGGUUUUACUCUGAGACUCUUAAAAACAUGAAGGCUAUACCUUAGAGCCUCAGUUGCAGUACAAGCCCCCCCAUCCUUGCUCAGUUAUAAGAGUGAUGGUCUCAACAGUGAUUUAGAAUGGAGCACAAAACUGGAAAAAUCUGUAUUUUGAUGCAUCAGUCAACAAACAGAUAAAACCAAUAACUGUAGGAUGAGAUUUUAUUUAGCUACAGCUUAUGAAGUUAUCCAAAGGAGAGUUUGGGGUGAUUGUAUAGAUUGUAAAUAGAAACACCAGACAUCAGAAA